AUGCAUCUCUCCGCUGACGUUGCCGCCUCGUUUUCCAGCAUCGUCGAUGCCUGGUUUGAAGAGGGAAAAUAUUUUUUGUACUACAGUGCACGAUGUAGAGAAAGUGCAACCUGUCGGCACUACACACAGCUGGUUUGGACUACCUCAAGUCAUGUGGGCUGUGCCAGCCAGCAGUGUCUGAGAGAUGGGCUCCUCUGGAAGAUAUUUGCCUGUGCGUAUUACCCAGGGGGUAACUGGGAAACGAAUGGUCGCCUGGUGACGACCUAUAAGGGAGGGCCGCACUGCUCUCUCUGCACCUCUCUCAUGUCCGGCUGUUUCCGACUGUGGGACCACGUAGGCGGACUGUGUGGAUUCAAAGAAUCAGAAAUUCCAAAGAACCAAAAGGCAGCUCAUUGCAACAUGGCAAUGAGCUGCCAUGUUGCGGGCAACAUGGCAGCUCAUUACGACCGCCUCAAUCUUACAUCCUGCAAAUGCGAGUGUGACCUGGGAUUCACCGGACGCUUCUGUCAGGUAAGAUGCAGCAUGCCGUGUUUUUAUAGUCGUUUCAAAGAAGAAGAAUGCUCCUGCGUGUGUGAUGUUGGCUUCGGUGGUGCUGAGUGCACAGAAAAGGUGCAGUUCCCCUUUCACAGCUGUGAUCUUACGAUAGAUGGAACUUGCUUCAUGGUGUCUUUGGAGGCUGACAGCUACUAUGGGGCCAAAACUCGCUGCCAGGGACUUGGGGGAACUUUAGCUGAGAUUCACAGCCAGAAAGUUAAGGACAUUGUAGUGUUUUAUCUAAGUGAGCUGGAGGCGAGCAAUGAAGUCACCAACACCGACUUUGGAACGAGAAACUUCUGGAUAGGUUUGACAUAUAAGCCUCCAAGAGACUCAUUUCGCUGGGACACAGGAGAGCUCCUUCGAUUCAGCAGCUUUGCCUCUGGGCAGCCUGACAACCAAGGUUUCGGAAACUGUGUUGAACUGCAGGCACUGAGCACUUUCAACUGGAAUGAUCAGCGCUGCAAAACCAGGAACCGAUACAUUUGCCAGCAUGGUAAGGCCCCUGCAGGCAGACACUCAAUAGAAGAGUGGAAGGAGGUAAAGGUUCUCCAAAUGCCCACCAGUGAUACACAGUCAGACCCUCUUGUCUUAAAAUACACCUGCUGA